AUGGUAGCACUCUUCUGCUUCUUCAUCUUCUUGCCAUUGACCCAUCUCUCAUCCACUAAUGCAAGAGCCAUCGACUCCAUAUCGAUCGCCGACUGCCCCAAGAAAUGUGGCAACAUCAAUAUCAGCUACCCAUUCGGAAUGGGAUACUCCCAUUGUUUCGUCAAAGGCUUUGAAGUUAAUUGCAGCCAAGACAUUCCCUACGUAUCAGAUUCGAACCUUCAACUCCUUGAGAUCCUGCAAGCAGAAGUGCGCAUCAAUUCGACAGAGUUCAUUGCCAAGUCUUGUCCAUCAUCACAAGAUGAGAAAAGUACACAGAUUCAAUUGUCUGAAGCAAGUCCUUUCACCAUCUCGGCUGCUUCAAACGAUUUAAUAGUCAUAGGUUGUACAACAAUAGGAAAGGGAAUGACCCUAGGUGACUAUGAGUACUGGUGCACCUCGAAAUGUCCUACCCAUAAUAGUGUUGUUAGUGGUUCUUGCAAGGGUCAAGGCUGUUGUGAAAUAUUGCUUCCAUACAUGAGAAAGAUGCUACAGAUUUCUGUCUAUCAGACUAACUCAGGUAUCAGUGCAUGCAGCUAUGGGUUCUUUGUUGAAGAUGGGAGCUAUAUUUUCACAGAGUCAGAUCUCCUUGAUUUUGAUAAAAAAGCAAACAUUAGUAUGAGGCUUGAAUGGUCAAUGGAAGGUCGUUGUUUCUCUCCCAGGGGGGCACCGGCCCACACAUGCGGUGGUAACAGCUCAUGUGCUGAGACAAGUAAUAGGUAUCAGUGCAAUUGCUCAGAUGGGUACAGAGGGAACCCUUACCUCAAUGGUUCUCAAGGAUGCCAAGGUAGCAAGCAUCAGGCUGAGGAGCUUGAACCAGCCCUUAGAGAAGAUAUAAGCUUAUGGAUUUUCUUGUAUUACUUAUUAUUAUCUCCAAGACAGUCUUUUGAUUUUACCGUGUUUGCUAUGGCUGAAAAUACAGAUAUUGAUGAAUGUGACGAGCCUUUCAGUGGUAGUCCUUGCAUGGAAGGAGCAAAAUGCAGGAACACUGUCCCUGGUUUUGUAUGUGAAUGUCCAGCUGGGACUGUGGGAGAGGGAAGAAAAAGUGGAAUCGGCUGCCGUAGAGAACAUGAAAGCACCCAAGUGCUAAAUCCAAUCCCCACAGUCCUCAUAGGUCAGACUAUCGUCACCAUUCAUUCUGCUUUUUCUUGA